AAUUAUUCGACAGCUAAAGAAUGAUGUUGAAAAUAAUACUAUGCGGCCUUUUGGUCGCCGUCAAUGGAGCGCCAAAAUAUAAGCAACACUUCUUUCCCGAGAGGGAAAUGUAUUAUACAUUUUUGACAGAAAUCGUCCAACGGGUUGAUGUAUUUGGAGAUCGUAUGGAUCAUCUAUUGGACGACGACGAGUUUCCCGUUACCACGAGUCCCGGUCGAAUAAAUGGUGAUAAAUAUGAGAUAGAAUAUACUAUGACUGGUUUAAAAAAGGAUGAUAUAUCGGUGAAGGCGCGCCAAGGACAGCUCCAGUUUGAGGUGCACAGCGCUGACGGUAUCAUUAAUAUCUACCAUAACAGAUCCUUACCACCGUACGUCGAUGCAUCGGGACGUAAUUGGACAUAUGAGGAUAACGUGCUGAAAAUAGUUUUCCCUAUACUGAAAAACACGCAGUCACCGCUUGGUAAUAAACCUACUUCUGUCUCCGUGAAUGAUAUCAAACCAAAUGUGGUAAUUGAUAAUAAUUUGACGUCUGAUUCUCUUGGGAAUGGAAACAACGAGGAUUCUGAAUUGCCAUCGAAGAAAGAAAAACGAACAAAUUUGGAUGUUGAAAUGAAAAAGUAGAAGACAGUGAAUGUAAUAAUAUUUAAAGAGAUAGUAGUAAAGUAGAUUGUGACUAACACGAAAAGGAAGUCAGCGUACAUUUAAAUGUUAUUUACACACUUAUCGCCCCAUUAUACGCCUUUAUGCUGUUCCUAACAAAAGAGGAAUAUACCUACGAUACCUAUGUAUUUAAAAAUGAGGGACUUGAAUAUGUAUAGUGUAUACCUAAUAGGUUUUGAUUGUCCAUAAAUUAUACGAUAGGUAAUUACAAUAUUUACUUUUCAAAAUAAAUAAGUGUCGUAAAUGAUCAGAAAUAAAGAAAGUUUUGUACUA